CUCCCGAAAGGCUGAAAGUUACAAACAGCCGCUUUGCAAUAAAUAAAAGCCACCUUACUUCACUGUCCAACAACUCACUCCACUGUCCAACACAUCUUCACUUACUAUAAAAUUGUUUACACCCAUCACCCUGAGUCUAAGUUAGGUAGGGCACCGUCCUCAGGUAGGUCUCCUUGUAAUCUCCGCCUAUAAACUUCCUUCUAGCCAGGUCUCAUCAAUCAAUCUCUCCUUGUGGAAACAUGUCAACCGUGAGACUUCCCACAACAUGCAUGAUCAGAAGUGCACCACCGAGAAAAGUUGCAAGCCCAAGCAAGUCAUGUGCAUUGAUCAAGAGCCCUGGUGCUUUGGGUUCUGUAAGGAAUGUAUCUAAAGCAUUUGGCUUGAAGUCUUCCUCCUUCAAAGUAUCUGCAAUGGCAGUUUACAAAGUGAAACUAAUUGCACCAGAUGGAUGCGAGCACGAAUUUGAUGCCCCUGGUGAUACUUACAUCCUUGACUCAGCUGAAAAUGCAGGAGUGGAGCUCCCAUACUCAUGCAGGGCCGGAGCCUGCUCUACUUGUGCUGGUAUGAUGGUUUCAGGGUCCGUAGACCAAUCAGAUGGUUCAUUCCUUGAUGAGAAACAGAUGGAGAAGGGAUACGUCCUUACCUGUGUCUCAUAUCCAACUUCGGACUGUGUGAUCCACACACACAAGGAGGAAGAUCUGUAUUGAGCAGCAUAACUAGCACAUGCUGGUUGCGCUUGUGCUGCUGUCUCAAUAAUGCAGGAACCUGCAUUUAUAGUAAGCUGGUAGGGCACUUGAUUAUCAGACAUUCCUAUAACCUGGUUUAUCGUUUGUGUUGUUAAUUUUCGAACAGCCUUCAGUCUCCAGUACCUUGAAAGCUUUCAUUUCAGUGAUCAACUUGUACUUAAUGUGAA